AGGCUGGAUCACACGAGGUAAAAACUACGUUACACAAUGUCCCAAGAUUCUCUUCGUUAGUAGUAUAUUCUCAUAUCCUCUGUCAAGUAAGCGGAAAAAAGAGAACAUUCUGUUAGGGCUUUGUUAUUUAAACAGUGGCGAUGGCGGCAUUGAGCGGCUUGGCGCUUGCUUCCCCCAUUGCGGCGCCGCACCAGGGGUUUCUGUCUUGCGCGAGGCCAGGAUCAGCGGCGCUGCUCCAUCGGCGUGCUGAAUGUCUUGCGCUCUCGCGUCGGGCGAUUCCGGCGGUGAAUGCCGCGAUUUCGAUGAGCGCUAGGGUAAAUGCCGGCGCGGAGGUCAGCGUCCAGGACUUUCUCGAGGAAGCGAGAGAACUCGGAAAGGUCCACCUUUACAUUAAUACACACACUGGGCAGUGGAAAACGAGGACCCCGAUGGAGAUGUUUCGCUACAGCGACGCCGAAGAGGACGCCUGGGACGCUUGCCUGGUACACGACGAUGGCAAGCAAGAAAUGACCAUGUACGUCAGGAGAGUUGCGACGGCGUCGUUUAAGCAAGACAAAGUUUUGGGAGUUCCAUACUACAUCAUCCAGUUCAUAUCACUGCGAGCUCAAGGCUUACAACACGCUGCUCAAGAAAUAUGGACCCGAUGUCAAGUUUUCCAACAAGCUCCAUCCAAACUAAGGAGUCAUCAGCCAGAGAGCUUCGUUUUCUCGAGGCUAGAACCCGCAGGACGUGAAGUUUUUCUUACUGGUGUGGAAGUAGCACUCGGAAGCAGCGGGGACGCAACGUGAAAUCCAGGUAUACAUUUUGGCCGGAUAGAGCAAACUACAGCAAGCGGAGAAAAUCUCUAGCCAACUCAAAAGUGAGUGUUUGCUACUUACAGUCUCUUAACUGGUCCGUCCCUGCUAGCUUCCGGUUCUGGAUCGAAGUUUUAUCAACAGAGAUCGCGUGGUUUUCGAUACUCACCGGCCGCUCCUCUCGGUAAUUGUUUGUUCUUUCAAAGUGAUCUAGAAACCAGAUCUUUGCCGUGGUGUCUGGGAAGAACACGAAGCAAAUCGAGUAAGAUAAUUGGAAAACUAAAAAAGAGAGAACCUGCGACUAGCAGCGUAAGGAUCGACAGCACAAACAAAGGUUUAAAGAUCGCCAUAGCUGCUGGGAUUUGAGUCGUAAAGUCACCAUAUAAAUGGGAUGGACUACAAAUGGUUUGUUUUAUACCAGGAAGAGAUUUCACGUGACACCACGAGAAGAACUUGAAAAAAUAAUAAUAACCAAUUGGGAGUGACGGCUGUGGGAUUUGAACCCACGCCCUUUCGGAUUGGAGCCUAAA